AUGACUACAAUUAUAGCAGCGUUGGCACUCCUGCCAUAUGUCAGCGCGACAACAACUACCACUACCAACACUACGAAUGAUAUUCCAGCUUCACAUUUCGGAUCUUUUGCCAUGGCUGUCGCCAUGAUCGGUCUAUCUGAAAUAGGUGACAAGACUUUCUUAAUUGCAGCCCUAAUGGCUAUGCGCCAUGCUCGUCUGCUGGUGUUUACUGCCGCAGCUAUUUCAUUAACCAUCAUGACAGUUUUGUCAGGAUUCUUGGGGCACACAUUUGUAUCUCUAAUCCCAGAGAGCUAUACAACAUUUCUAGCUGGUAUUUUGUUCCUAGUCUUUGCUUAUAAACUAUUGAUAGAAGGUCUAGAAAUGUCAAAAGAUGCUGGUGUUGAAGAAGAAAUGACAGAAGUUGAAGAAGAAAUUGCUAUCUCAACAAUGAAUGAAAAGAUGGAUGAUAUCGAAGGCGGUUCAGGAAAGGGUAAAUAUACUGAUGCCGCAUCUGGCCCAGUCAAUCAAGUGAAGCAACUAUUUUCAAAAGUAUUUUCUCCAAUUUGGGUUUCUAUAUUUUUAAUGGUAUUCCUUGGUGAGCUAGGUGACCGUUCUCAAAUCAGUAUCAUCGCAAUGGCCACUGAUAACGACUACUGGUAUGUUAUCGCUGGUGGUGUCAUGGGUCAUUGUAUCUGUACCGGUAUUGCCGUCCUCGGAGGAAAACUACUAGCGACAAAGAUCAGUAUGAGAACUAUCACCUUGAGCAGUGCUGUUCUUUUCCUGAUCUUUGGUAUUAUGUACAUCUACCAUGCUUUCCACUACUAA